AAAACGGAAAAGGGGCGCGGUGUUUGAAUGAACGUUUGCAGAGCUCAUUGAACAAAGCAGAUAGCUAACUGGUGACGUUAGUGUGGUUGUAGCUUUUAUAAGUGUUUAAACCAGUGACAACGUAUUCUGUUUUUAAAAAAUGAGAAAAAGAAGUAGCUCUAGUGGCAGCAGGAAAAGCUCUGCCAAAAGACGCACUGAGAAUUUAAGCUUUGACGAAUUCGGUUUUGCUUUGAGUCAGGGAAAGAAAAUACAUCGAUGUCACGAUUACAGCUAUCCCCAACUCGGCGUCACCCGGGUAAAGGACCUGUGUGAGCUGCUUAGCUUCUGGAACGGGUCCAGUUUUAUAUGCAGGAGCCAGAUGGAGCGGUCCAUCCGGAUGGGCGUUCCUCCGGUGUUGCGAGGCCGUGUGUGGAAGUGUCUGCUGAACAUUGACAGCCUGAGGGAUUCCAGUGUCUUUAACUAUCAGAGGUGUCUGACUGAAAUCCGUGGGCCACUGGUGGACCUGGGGGUAAGUGAGUACAGCAUCCUGUCAGCCAUCGCCACGCUCAACGACACAGAGAACACCCUGGGAGCCUAUCAGAACGCCCCAAACCUCCCUCCGGACUCCACCUUCUCCAGCGCUGAUGUCACAGUGUUCCGUCAAGUGGCUCUGGAUCUGCAGCGCUCCUUCCCAACGCACCGCUCGCUGAUGGGGGAAAGCCCGGAGGCCAUCGAGGGUCAGGCCAAACUCUUCAGGGUCUUAAUCGCCUACGCCAAGUACAACUCCAAGAUUGGCUACACCCAAGGGAUGUCGUACAUCGCCGCGGUGCUGUUGAUGCAUCUGGGUGAGGAAGAGGCUUUCUGGGCGCUUGUGGCCCUGCUGGAGCAGCCCAAGUACCUGGCUCAGCUUUUCGACCUCUCCCUCAACAAGGUCCAGCACCAGGUGAAGGUGUUCCACCAGCUGCUGAAGCACAGGAAGCCCCAGCUCUCCCAGCACAUGGAGGAUGUGGGAGUAUCUCCUGUCCAUUUUGUGAUGCCGUGGUUCCUGACCCUGUUCACCUCGCUGCCCUGCUGGGACUCUGUGCUGGCUGUGUGGGACCUCAUCAUGUUGCACGGGCUGUCGGCGGUGUUCCGGGCCGGCCUGACCAUCCUGCAGCUGCUGGAGCCCAGGCUGCUGGCCCUGGGAGACGAGGCGUCCACACUGCCCCUGCUCCUCAGGGUCCCCGUGGACGUGUCUCAGUACAGCGUGCUGGUCCCAGCCUUGUGGAGCACAGAGCUGCAGGACUGGGAGAUCACCUGCAUGACCGGCCUGGUUCUGGAGGAGGCUCACACCGGACAAGACCCUGACACAUGUGAUAGUGCUCCAUCACAGCCUCUCUUGGAGAAGAGAGGGCAGAAAGAGGAGGGGAUGGAGGAGGAGAAGGAGAACGAACCUGCAAAAGCAGAGGAGGAGAAGGAGGAGGAGGAGAAGGAGGAAGAGAAGGAGGAGAAGGCUUUGAAGAAAGAUUCCUCCGUGUUCAGACGGGUUAUCCGUGUAGCCCAGCGGUACUUCCAGCAGUCAGGGAGGCACAGCAGGCCCGGCACCCCCAGCUCUGCAGGUGGCGGAACACCCUCCAAGGCCUUCACUCUCCCCCAGGCUCAGAUCAAGGGGAAGAGGCGGAGCCUGAAAGGACAGCCCCACGUUGUGGGCGGGGCCUCGGUCAAGGGCCCCUCCCCCCCGGAUGCCCCUGCACAGGGGGAAGAUAACAGGCAAGAGCCGACGUUCCGGAGAAUGGGCACUGGUCCUGUCGGCCGGGUGGCCCGUCGCCGUGGCAGCAACCUCCAGCCAAUCCGAGUCAAGUCCUUCCGCCUACAGCGCCCUGCCAAGUCGUCCCACACUCCCCCUCCCCUCUCGUCACCCCUGACCUCCGACCCCCCCCAGCCACAUCUCCCCUCGCACAGAGCUCUGCUGAGGGAGCUGUCAACAAGAUGCCAGGAGAUGCAGGAGUCCCACAGCCCCCCCAAGACCGUCCAGGAGUCCCACAGCCCCCCCAAGACCGUCCAGGAGUCCCACAGCCGCCCCAAGACCGUCCAGGAGUCCCACAGCCGCCCCAAGACCGUCCAGGAGUCCCACAGCCGCCCCAAGACCGUCCAGGAGUCCCACAGCCCCCCCAAGACCGUCCAGGAGUCCCACAGCCUUCCCAAGACCAUCCAGGAGUCCCACAGCCGCCCCAAGACCAUCCAGGAGUCCCACAGCCUUCCCAAGACCGUCCAGGAGACCCACAGCCGCCCCAAGACCAUCCAGGAGUCCCACAGCCCCCCCAAGACCGUCGAGGAGUCCCACAGCCCCCCCAAGACCGUCCAGGAGUCCCACAGCCUUCCCAAGACCAUCCAGGAGUCCCACAGCCUUCCCAAGACCAUCCAGGAGUCCCACAGCCCCCCCAAGACCGUCCAGGAGUCCCACAGCCUUCCCAAGACCAUCCAGGAGUCCCACAGCCCCCCCAAGACCGUCCAGGAGUCUGAACUCAUCUGAGAAAGAGAUGACUUUGCCCAACUGUACUGUAUUUUCUGAAAUCUGCUUCUGCUGACAUUUCAGACCACUACUGUGUCUUAAGAACACACAAUGAUGUGUAUGUCUGUGUGUAUGUCUGUCUGUGUGUUAUCCAGUUGUCCCCUGAUAAGGCGACAGAGGAGUCGUUAGUCAUUUUUUACGGCUCUGUUGCGCUACUUCUGAUGCGCUACUUCUGUAGACUAUCUCUUUUAUUGUUUCAUUUUUAUUGCCUUUUGAAGUAAUAAAACAUUGAUAAGCUC